CCAUUAUAUAUUUAUUCAAAUACUAAUACUAGGAGUAUCAUACUAGUUGCUGCAACUGCAAUUCAUUUGUUCACUGAAAUGGGCUCUUCUUUCUUUGCAAUGGCAAUAGUAGUGUAUUAAAUAUCUGAACUAGCUCACGCAGAUCCCCAAACAAUUGUCUCCUCCCCCUUCCCUUCCUUGCAAAAUCCUUCCUUAUAUGUGAUUGAAGAGGGAGGUCACGUGUUGUCCCCAGAUUCACUCAUAUCACACAGCCCCAAUCUAUAGUAUCUCCACUUAGCAGCACCCGCGUAAAUUCCGUAUCAUUAAACGGUUUAAGUUCCACCUUCAUCGACAAUACACAUAUACACACACACAUAUAUAUUAUAUACAGAGUCCUACAAGUGAAGUUAUCAGCAAUGGCGGAGUCUCUACUGCCCUUGUUACACAGGGCACCUACCCUACGGCUACCUAGGCCGUCUUCUUCUUCUGGAUUUAAUAAUAAUUACCCAUACACGCACGCUUCGCAUACCCUUCUUCUGAAGCCCCAUAAUUUCGAUUACAUUUACAAAUCAAAUAAAACCCAUUUCAAUAAAUUGCUCUUCUUCGUCGGGCAACACUCACCACAUCACCCUAGGUUACUGCUCAAACCCAUUCAUGCCCUUGACUCCAAUGUCCCUCUUCCAAUUCAUCAUCAACACCAGGAGGAAGAGAAGAAGAAGAUUUCCAAAUUGGAUCAAUGGGAUUCGAUGACGGCAAAGUUCUCCGCAGCUGCAAACAUUCCAUUUCUGGUUUUGCAGAUGCCUCAGAUCAUACUCAAUGCCCGUAAUCUUCUAGCUGGGAAUAAGUCUGCACUUUUUGCUGUUCCGUGGCUGGGGAUGUUCACUGGUUUGCUUGGAAAUCUUUCCUUACUAUCUUAUUUUGCCAACAAGAAGGAGAAGGAAGUGGUAGUGGUGCAGACAUUGGGAGUGGUAUCUAUAUAUGUGGUCAUCACUCAGCUUGCUAUGGCUGAAGCCAUGCCUCUCCUUCAAUUCAUUAUAACUUCUAUAGUGGUCGCGUCUGGUCUCGUUUUGAAUUUUAUGAAUUACUUCGAUUUGCUUAAUCAUCGAAUUUGGUCCUUUUGGGAAGAUUUCAUCACUGUUGCAGGCCUCUCUGCUCUUCCCCAAGUUAUGUGGUCGACAUUUGUCCCUUAUAUUCCAAACAGUAUUUUGCCAGCAGUGAUAUCCUUCAUUGUAGCCGUGGUUGCUGUUGUUAUGGCACGAAUUGGCAAACUUCCAGAGAAAGGUGUCAAAUUUGUUAGGUCAAUAUCUGGAUGGACUGCGACACUUCUCUUCAUGUGGAUGCCUGUUGCACAAAUGUGGACAAAUUUCCUGAAUCCUGAUAACAUCAAAGGUUUAUCUGCUUUCUCAAUGCUUCUUGCCAUGAUUGGGAAUGGACUUAUGAUCCCACGUGCACUCUUUAUUCGGGAUUUGAUGUGGUUCACUGGUUCAACUUGGGCAUCUAUUUUUUAUGGAUGGGGCAACCUUAUAUGCUUGUACUGGUUUAACAGUAUUAGCAGGGAAUUCUUCUUGGCAUCCACGGCUGGGUUGUGCAUCUGGAUAGGAUUUGCUCUUUGGAGAGACCAUAAAGUUUAUGGAUACACCUCACCAUUAAGAUCUUUAAAGGAGUUGGUUUACGGAACUUAAUAUCACUAGCAAAGUGCUCCUGAUGCUGCCGACAUUGCUCCCGCGAAAUGCAUACUAUUCUCCUUUACAACAGGAAGCUGAUAUUGCUUGUUUGACAUUGCAAGCUGCUGGUGCUUGUUUGGCAUUGUAACUCGAGAAUCUGUCAACUAAUCACACUCAAAUGAGCACCUCCAUUAGGAAAUUAAGGGUUUAUAAUGCAAUGAUUCUGUGUUAACUCGAGAUUCUGUAUGGACAUUUAUGUCCAGAAAAUUUGCUGUUUAUUAUCAUCUUUUAAUAAUAAAUAAUAAUGUCUCAAAUGUGUUGCUGUUUGAGAAUUGUUUCCUUA